AUGAGUUCUAUAUCAAAAUUAUCCAGCCGAUCGUCUGCAUCUGAUUUUUCGUCAUUUUCAAAUGAUCGAUUUUCAUCGACUUUAACUCUGCAAACCGUGGUGGACGCGAAGCGAAGUGAUAUUAAUAUUCGAACAGUAUUUUGUGGUGAACAGGACUGUCGUUUGAAUGAACUACGUUGUGUAACUGGUGCGAUUAUAGACCUGAACGUUGUUCAGGGUACGAGUCGUCCGUUCGAACGUGUUAAUUGGUCAGUGUCUCAUGAUAAUAGCGAAGUUCGUGAUUUCGUCAGUCGUCGUUUGAAACAUUGGAUGCAACAGACACAACUGACCUGUGAUAUGGCUAGUGAAGAUACUAUUUUCCUCCUAGAACAAUAUGAGAAACAACAUAUCAAAACCGGACCACCGGCAACAGCAGUCAGCUUUAGUCGUCGUUUCCGCACAAGAAGCUUAACUCAAUCUGAAUCGGCCAAUCUUCGCUCGCAUUACGAUAGUAUACCUAACACUCCGUCAGAUUUCUCAUACCGACAAGUAAAACCUUUUUCCGGUUUACUGGGUCGAACAUUACUGGAUCUCGAUUCACGAGGUCCUACGUGUAAAAGAUUAUUCACCCCACAAACAAGUCAUCGCCGAAGAGAAUAUUUCCACCAUGAUCAAGCAGAUGAGAAUAUUCCAAUGACCGAAACGGAAAUUCAGCACUUAAUAGAGUCUGCCAAGUGGGCGGGUGUUCUCUCCGAUACAUCGGAUCAUGAAUUAAACAAUGUUCGUGUCUGCUUUGCGGACACAGUCUGUGUCUCGAAAUUAGCUGAAAUUUUACGCAAUUAUCAUCUCCGACCCACAUCUGAUGUGAACGAAGUCGAGUCUGUUCUUCAACAAAGUCGAAUCAAUGUCAUCAAUCGCGAACAAAUUCGACAAUUCGAUGGCAAGACCUAUUGGUUUCAUCGUAUCUUACUUGACGAUCAUAUUCAAUUUCCUGUGGGUAUUAGUCAAAAUUCUAACGAAGCACGACGCCUUGCUUAUCGCCAUAUGAUUGAUGUUUGUCGAAACGAAGAUGGAAUCAAAAUGAAACGCUUAUCAAAUGAUCGUGUCAAAGUUGUCAAAGGACCGAAAGUCGAAAAACAAACUCGACGUCAACCCAUCGACGAUUUAGACAUGGAUGCAACUUACAUUUCGAUGAAUGAUCUUUCAUGUUUAUCUCAAUACAACAUAGCUCAUUGA